AUGGACAAGGACUGGCACCACGUCUGGAACAACUCAAAAGUGCGCCACGACAUGCUUCGCGAACUCAUGCUCCUCAAGCGCCGCGGUCACGCUUCGCAGGCCCCCAAGGCUGACACGACCCCGAGGACGUACACAAGCACUGACUGGCUCGGCGACCUGAAGAACAGAGUCUUCACCCUCUUCCAGUUUGCUUUCGUUGCUCCUUUGGUCAUUGUCCAGACUCAUCCCGAGUUCAUUGCCGAUCGCAACAUCUUCGAGGACAGCGAGAAGAAGGCCAAGUUCCACAGCUGGCAAGUAAUCUGGUAGGCGAUAUCGCAGCCGAGUUUCCCUACCUGUGCAUCUGCGCUGUGCUCUUCUGGUG